AUGAUAGUUAGAUCAGUAGAGAUUUAUGAUUCCAUCCACAUGCUAGACAACAGCAAAGCUUGUGCUGCACAGACAGCAGUGGAGGACAGUGAGAGGAUCUUCACUGAGAUGAUCUGCUCCAUUGAGAGAAGGCGCUCUAGGGUGAAAGAGCUGAUCAGAGAUCAGGAGAAGGCUGAGGUGAGUCGGGCUGAAGACCUCCUGAAGCGGCUGGAGCAGGAGAUUGCUGAGCUGAAGAGGAGAGAUGCUGAGCUGGAGCAGCUUUCACACACAGAGGAUCACAUCCAUUUCCUCAAGAAUGUCCUGUCAAUCAGAGACUCUCCUCACUCCUCGCCCAGCAUGACCUUCAACCAAAGCUUCUCUUUUGAGGCUGUGAAGGAAUCUGUCUCUGGAGUGAAGGUGCAGCUGGAUGACAUCUUCAGGCAGGAAGUAGUCAGGAUAUCUGCAGCAGUAACGAAUAUCCAGAUCAUCCAGUCCCUAGAAUAUGCUGAUCCUGAGCUCCCAGUCAGAAGAACAAACAGUAAGGAGAACCUGCCACCAUCAAUGUCUGAAGUCCAGGCUGUUUUUCCUGAACCAGUGACCAGAGAGGAGUUCUCACAGUACUCCUGUCACUUCACACUGGAUCCAAACACAGCACACAGAGACCUCCAUCUGUCUGAGGGGAACAGGAGGGUGGAGAGGAGAGAUGAGGUCCAGUCAUAUCCUGAUCAUCCAGAGAGAUUUGAUGGGUUUCCUCAGGUGCUGUGUAGAGAGGGUGUGUCUGGACGCUGCUACUGGGAGGUUGAGAGGAGUGGGGAGCUGGUUAUGAUAUCAGUCUCAUAUAAAAGCAUCAGCAGGAGAGGAGGGGUUAAUGAGUGUGUGUUUGGAUGGAAUGAUCAGUCCUGGGGUCUGUUCCUCAGCAGCAGCAGCUCCUCUUUCAUACACAAUAUUAAAGACACUAAACUCCCUCUAGUGGCCAGCUCCAGAAUAGGAGUGUAUGUGGAUCACAGGGCAGGAACUCUGGCCUUCUACAGCAUCUCUGACACAAUGACCCUUCUGCACAGAGUCCAGACCACAUUCACUCACACACUCUACCCUGGGUUUACUUUUUGGGAUAUUGGAUCAUCAGUGAAGCUGCUGUGACUGACAUAUCUAGAUGCUGUCAUACAUCUCACACAUCACAUCAUGUUCUGAUACCUGGUUUUAUAUGACAAUCACAAUAUUAUGUACCAUGACAGUAAAUCUUAAUGAGACUGUAUUCAUCCAACAAUUGACCCCCAAUGAAAUGUGUUCCUCUGUUUCUUUAUUAAUACCAUUGUAAUGAUACCAGUAUGUUUUAAAAUGUGUUUCUGUUUCUUUAUUAAUACCAUUAUAAUGAGACCAGUAUGUUUUAAAAUGUGUUCCUCUGUUUCUUUAUUAAUACCAUUGUAAUGAGACCAGUAUGUUUUAAAAUGUUUCUAGUGCAGAAUAAUGAAUAAAGAGUUAUAGACUG